CUCUUUCGGAUUUUCCUAUCAGUCUCUCACAAUCUUCGCUCUUCUCUUUUAUCUCUCUCUCUCUCAACGCGGUUCAGAUCCGAGUUUGGGAGAUUCAAGCUCCCUGAAAAAAGCCCUUUACUUUCGCUUACCAAUCUCUCUCAACUUUGCUCCAGUCAUGGCGGGAUCUGCACCAGAAGGCACACAGUUUGAUGCACGUCAGUUUGAUCAGAAACUGAAUGAAGUACUUGAGGGACAAGAUGAGUUCUUCACAUCUUAUGAUGAGGUUCAUGAGAGCUUUGAUGCCAUGGGUCUGCAAGAGAACCUUCUCAGGGGUAUUUAUGCUUAUGGUUUUGAGAAGCCUUCUGCUAUUCAGCAAAGAGGAAUUGUCCCCUUUUGCAAAGGUCUUGAUGUGAUUCAGCAGGCCCAGUCUGGUACUGGGAAAACAGCGACUUUCUGCUCUGGUGUCUUGCAGCAGCUGGACUUCUCCCUUGUCCAGUGUCAGGCUUUGGUUCUAGCUCCAACUAGAGAGCUUGCUCAGCAAAUUGAGAAGGUCAUGAGGGCCCUCGGUGAUUACCUUGGUGUCAAGGUUCACGCCUGUGUUGGUGGAACCAGUGUCCGUGAGGAUCAGCGUAUCCUCCAAGCUGGUGUCCAUGUUGUUGUUGGAACUCCAGGACGUGUCUUUGACAUGUUGAAGAGGCAGUCUCUCCGUGCUGACAACAUCAAGAUGUUUGUUCUUGAUGAAGCUGAUGAAAUGCUCUCCCGUGGUUUCAAGGACCAGAUCUAUGACAUAUUCCAGCUUCUCCCACCAAAGAUCCAAGUUGGUGUGUUCUCCGCAACAAUGCCACCAGAAGCUCUUGAGAUCACAAGGAAGUUCAUGAGCAAGCCAGUGAGAAUCUUGGUGAAGCGUGAUGAGCUUACCCUUGAAGGUAUCAAGCAGUUCUAUGUCAAUGUCGAGAAAGAAGAGUGGAAGCUCGAGACACUCUGUGAUCUCUACGAGACUCUGGCCAUCACUCAGAGUGUCAUCUUCGUUAACACCAGGCGUAAGGUUGAUUGGCUCACAGACAAAAUGAGAAGCCGUGACCACACAGUCUCAGCAACUCACGGAGACAUGGACCAGAACACCAGAGACAUCAUCAUGAGAGAGUUCAGGUCUGGUUCCUCCCGUGUUCUCAUCACCACUGACCUCUUGGCUCGUGGUAUUGAUGUCCAACAAGUCUCUCUGGUUAUCAACUUCGAUCUCCCAACUCAGCCAGAGAACUACCUCCACCGUAUCGGAAGAAGUGGAAGGUUCGGGAGAAAGGGUGUGGCGAUCAAUUUUGUGACCCACGAUGAUGAGAGGAUGCUGUUUGAUAUUCAGAAGUUCUAUAACGUGGUUGUCGAAGAGCUGCCUUCGAACGUGGCCGAUCUGCUGUGAAGGGAGAAAAGAAGUCCGUUGCUGUGUUUGCUGCCGUACUAGUAUCACCGGAGAAGAAAGGUUUUCUUGUUUUGCAAGGCACUCUUUGAUCUGAUUUUGACCCCGUCGUCUCUCUCUAUCUCCUCUUAUCAGCGAUACCUUUCUUAGUUGUUUUUCUCUCCUCUCUCCCAUCAUCUACGAACAUAUCUCUCUUUCUGAACAUUUUUAUUUUUAUUUUUAAAUCAUAUGGAGUAUUUAUUUCUUCUCUAUUUUUAUUUUCGGCUUUGUCGUUUGUCUUUGAUUUUUGUAUCAAUCAAAUCUUUCCAUAAAAGUUUGGUUUUGCAA